GACAUCUGCGUUAUAUAUUUUGAUAUGGCCGUUUAAGCAAGUCCCCCAUAUGUGUAGUAAAAAAGAAAAAAAAAAAAUCAAAUACUUCACGUGACGUUUUAUAGUAUUUCCGUAUAAUAAGAUGUAAAAAGGGUAAAACAGAAAGAGGAAGAAAAUUGGUUAGGCAGAGGUGGAGUUGUUGGCCGCGUGAUGAAGAAGGGCAGUGUCAGAGAUAUCCCAUAAGACAAUUUCCUUAAAAGAAAACAACAAAGAAAGUCGAGGAUAACAUCAUCAAUAAAGGGUCAACUCUUGCUCUUCUAUGUUGGAUCUCUCAUUACUGCUGUGAAUAAGAAAAUGUCUUGGAAGAGCAGUAGUGGGAAUCAGAAUGGAGGGCGAUUGCUGCGUGACAUUGAAGAAAUUAGUAAAGCUCUUUAUGUACAUCAAACCCCUAGGAAGGCUUUAACUUUUCAAGCAGAUCAUGGACAUGAUUCAGUUGGCGAUACCCAUGUCUCUAAAUCCGGUUCGAAUGUUGUAGCUGGUGACAUGCUGUGUAAACAGAAGAAAUCAUCAAUAUGGAGUUGGAAGCCAUUAAAGGUUCUAACUCAUAUCCGCCAUCGACGGUUCAAUUGUUGUUUCUUUCUUCAUGUUCAUGGCAUUGAAGGCUUGCCUGUCAAUUUCAAGGACCUGGCUUUGUGUGUAAAUUGGAAACGUAAGGGUGAAGUGAUGAGAACUCGCCCUGCUCAGGUUUGUCAGGGAACAGCUGAGUUUGAAGAGACUUUGAUGCAUUCCUCUUCUGUAUAUGGAAGUAGGACCGGACACCAGCAUUCAGCAAAGUAUGAGCCUAAACAUUUCCUGCUUUAUGUUUCUGUGAUUGGGGCUCCAGCCCUUGAUAUUGGCAAGCAUUGGGUUGAUCUUACGAGGUUGCUUCCACUUACCAUGGAGGAGUUAGAGGAGGGAAGAAGGAAUUCAGGGAAGUGGACCACGAGCUUCAAGCUUUCAGGAAAGGCCAAAGGUGCAAUGCUGAAUGUUAGUUUCGGGUUCUCUGUAUCAGGGAGUAACUCGAUUGAACCUAGCCAAUUCUUGCAAGGCAUCGAACCUGCUGCAACAGAUCAUUCCUCACAAUGUGAUGGAGCUAGUGCUAAUACAAGUCUUCGGAGAGUUGGAAGUGUUCCCCGCAAGCCUGGUGGUACGACUCAUUCUUCAUCUAGGUCCCUAGAUGCGAGAAGUUUUGAUGAAGUUUUAUCAGGCCGAAAAUCAGAGCUUUCUCGCUCUAUUACCUUGCUCUAUAGAAAACUUGAAGAAGGGAAAUUGGAUAAAUUGGACGAUUUAGAUUUCUUUUUUGAAUAUUUAGAGCCCUUAAAACCAACCUCUGGUGUUUUGUCUCAGUUUUCUGCUGAAAAUACCAUGGAUGAUCAACAUAUUGAGUUUUCUAUCAGUGAUCUGGGUACAGAAUCUUCUCAGCUGAAACCAGAAGUAUGUUCUUAUGAAAGUUGUGAUGAUACUCCAAUAGAAACCACUGAUGUUGCUUACAUUUUGGAGGAAAGAAGUAAGGAGAAAAGUGAAUAUAAUCAAAAGCAUGAAAGCAAUGACGUCUAUGGAGGAGAAGAUACGAUGAAGACCAGCAACUACGAGGAGACUGACAUAUGCAAGGAUGAAAUGUUUGAAGAGCUUGAGUCGGUUUUCCUUGACCUGUUGACUGCUGAGUCCACAGAGUUGGAUUCACCAGUAGAAAUGUAUGAUUCCAUUGACCAAGAAAGCUACAUGAAUCUGAAGUCCAGCUAUAAAUCCGGUAGGCGGGUGAAGUCACUUAGCAUAGAUGAUGUGGCAAAUGAUUUUCUGGAUAUGUUGAGCAUUGAGCAGACCUCAGCUGACUUGAGUUCUGAUACUUCUGUGGAUUCACCAAGAGAAUCCCUUUUGAGACAGUUUGAGAAGGAAACCUUUUCUUCUGGAAACUCAAUUUUUGAUUUUGAUGCAACAGAUGAUCAAGUGGAAUUUAGUGGCAUUGCUUCAAGUAUUCAUGGAAGAGUUGCAUGUUCUGAUGACUUUGAUUUGUCAUCAGUUGUUAAGGAUUUUGAGGAGGAGCAUAAGAAGGGCAUCCAGUCAUUGAGGAGUAAAAGGAAUGCGACAAUGAUAGAGAACUUGGAAACUGAGGUUUUAAUGCAAGAUUGGGGUUUGAAUGAGAAAACAUUCCAGAAUUCCCCACGCAUCAGCUCUGGUGGGUUUGGAAGUCCAAUCUAUCUUUCCCCUGAAAGACCAUUACAAUUACCGUUACCUCGUCUUGGAGAGGGCUUAGGUUCUAAAAUGUGCACGCGUAAUGGGGGCUUCUUACAUUCAAUGAGUCCUCAACUGUUUAGGAAUGCAAGGAAUGGUGCAAGGUUGAUAAUGCAGUUUUCUAGCCCAGUAGUGCUCCCUGCUGCAAUGGGUUGUAGUGUUAUGGAAAUACUCAGCUGCUGGGCAUCUGGUGGAAUUUCCAAGAUGUCUGUUCAGGCAGAUACGCUGAUGCCUUUAGAAGAUAUCACCGGGAGGAAUAUACAAGAAAUGGCCUCGGAAGCCGUAUCCAGACUUGAACCAGAUGAGAGGUUCACUUUUUGGCAUGGGUUAUUUGGUAUGAAGAAGGACAGUGAAGAUCUGUUGUUUCAUCAGAGUUCCGGUCAUCUGAACUCAACCUCAAUAGUUGAUGGUGUAGAUUUAGGUUUUGUGUUUAUGGAGGAUCUAGCUCCUUUGGCCAUGGAUAAGAUAGAACCUCUUACAAUUGAAGGGUUGAGAAUCCAGUCAAACUUGUCAGAUAAUGAAGCACCUUCAAGCAUUAGGCCUCAAUUUAGUGAAGUUUUUGGUUCUAAUACAGCUAGCGCAUUACAGCACUGGAGUGGCAAAGAAAGUGAUGAUGUUGAGGGUGAUUUAGUGGAGCUUUCUGUUUCACCAGAUGAAUGGUUGAGGCUGGAUGCUGGAGAUUUCAGUAAUAAUACUGAGAACAAGGAAAGAAUUACCAAAAUCUUAGCAGCCCAUCAUGCCAAGUCCCCUGAUUUAGAUAGUUCAGGACUGGAAACGGGUGAAGAAAGGUCGGAAUUGUUGGGUAGAGAAUGUGGUAUACUGUUUAACAACUUGACAUUAGCUCUGAGGGUUCAACUCAGAGAUCCUUUGCGUGACUAUGAGAUGGUCGGCAUCUCCAUGCUCAUUCUGAUUCAGUUAGAGAGGUCUUGUGCUCCUGUUGAACAGUAUACAGAAAGAAAUUCAAGCAGUGAAAAUGAUCCGAAGGAGCAAUUCAUUCAGGAAGAAAUUAUUGCCGGAGAAAGUGAGGGGGGAAUCCAUAGGCAGGCUGUUUCUCAGUUUAAGAUCACGGAAAUUCAUGUUGCAGGUUUUAAUAUUGGGCCUAAAGAUGAUCAAAUUUGGGGCAGAAAAAGACAGCAACAAGCUGGGUCGCGGUGGUUGCUAUCAAGUGGCAUGGGGAGGACAAGCAAACGUCCAUUAUCCAAGUUAAACGCCAUCAUAAGAUCAUCCUCACAGAUAAAGAGAAAUAUGCAGCCUGGAGAUGUUUUGUGGAGCAUCUCAUCGGAUUUUCAUACUGGAGAUUCCAAAUCAAAUGUUCAUAUACGAAAUUCUGAUAUUAUUUUUCCAACUGAAGGUUGUCCAAAUCCUAGUCAGUUGGGAAUCAAGUUAUAACACCCUUAUUUUGGGUGUGUAUAUUUUUCCAUUUUGUAUAUGAAGUGAAGAAAUUAGUCUCUCAAUCAUGUUUAUGUAAAGUAGCUGAACAAAGCUUCACUGCACAGCAUAAUCUCCAAGUCAUAUCUUUCUUGAAAUGAUUGUUACCAAUACUAGAUAAUUAUUGAGAAACAUGGAUUUGUUCCUCUGCGCUGAAUCUUAUUAAGUGGUUGAGAGUUUCUUA